AGUCGUCUGGUUGACCAGCGAGUGUGUGAGGAUAGUGAGAGUGUAGUUAGAGCUGUGAGGCCAUUGGUGGGGAGAGCCAGCUAGAUCUAGCACCUUCCUUUGGCCCUACGAGCCAGCGAUCCGUCACCCGGUGGCAGGCACAGCCAGGCAGGCAGAGGGGGAGAGCAACAGGAACGACCGAGAACAGCAUAGAGAGCAGCAUAGUAUAGCAAGAGCAGCUGGAGAACAGAGUCCACACAUCGAGUGGAGUAAAGUAACUCUGUUGAAAUUAAGGUGCCACGUAGCUAAAUAAAUAAAUACACAUUGCUGUGCGAUGGAAGAGGAGAGCAAGAUGAUGUCACGUCCUGUCUUCAUGCGCGGCGGCGCCGACCCGUUCCGGGAGUGGACCAUCCCGAGCCGCCUCUUCAACCGUGAGGUGGAGUUCCCGCCGUUCCUGGACGAGCGUGACAUGAGCUGGCUGGACUGGGCUCGACAGCGGCUGGCAGGCUCCUCCUGGCCCGGAUACACGCACGCUGGCAACGCCAUGGCAACAACGCCUGGAGGAGGGAACGCAGCCUGCCCCUCCCUGCCCGCGCCACCCAACGCCCGCAAUGAGAUGCAGGUGACGGGUCCGUCGGAGGUGCGGCAGGCCGAUGGCAGCUGGAGGGUCUCGCUGGAGGUCAACCAGUUCACACCCGACGACAUCAAGGUCAAGACCAAGGACGGAUACCUGGAGAUCACAGGUAAACACGAGGAGAGGCAGGAUUCACAGGGCCUGGUGGCUCGCAGCUUCAACAGGAAAUACAAGCUGCCUGUGGACGUGGACGUGGAGGCCGUCAUCUGCUCCUUGUCACCAGGGGGCGUGCUCUCAGUGGAGGCCCAGCUGCCCGGCACCUCCUCCGCCACCGGGCCCCGACACACAGAGGAAGUCAUCAUCCCCAUCCAGACACAACACGCACCGUAGACUAGACAGAACACACACACACACACACACACACACACACACACACACACACACACACACACACACACACAAAUAUGUACCUACACACAUGCAGGGGCGGUCCUAGGGUGGGCCAACUGGCCAAUUGCUUGUGUAGUGCCAUCAACGCGAACCCCAACUCCUGACAUUACAAAAAUCACCAAUUUGUUAGCCGAGUAAACUAGGCCCACCUGCCAGCGAGCAAAAUAAUUUUUUGCCUGCGAGUGGGUCUAGCCUCGGACAAUGCCCCAUGCCCUGAAACUGUUGCAGAUUUGUUUUGAUUUGUUUUGAGUCUUUGGAUGCAAAGCAGAUGGGGUUUUGAGGGAGUGAUGACAGCGUUGGCCAAUAGGCACAGACACAGUUUGAAAAACAACGGGUUGUUCCCAUCAACAAUCUUCCGAUGUGUCAUUGUUCGGGGCCAGACUAAAUAUUCACAUUUAAUCUCAUAUUUAGUCUGGCUUGCCAGGCUACCAAUUUGUGCUAUUAAAGCCAUAAUGCACCCUUUUCACAUAUUUGUGGUACUUCCCAGUAUUACACAUGACUUAUUUACUGAGCUUGGAAUUAGUAUUAGAAUUAUUAGCAUAGCUUAGCAUAAUCACUGAAAGUAAAUGGUACCAAUAGCAUCAAUAGAUCACUAGACGGAAAUAAAUAGCAGUUUUGCACUCUGGUGAAUUUAUACUUACAGUUUAUGAUGUGUUAUUUGGUAACAUAGACUUCCAGUGCUACACUUAAUAUGGCUAUUAUGUAUUCUCAUAUUUUACCAAGGCUUAACUACUACCUAUGAGUAAUUUCCUGAAAUGAGGACUGUUCCUUUAAGUUGUUAUUUCCAUGUUAUCACUACACUAAUACAGAACAUGGUAUUACCAUUAGCAUGCUAUUAGCCCUAGCAUGGUAGUAGCAUUGGCAUGGUUUUAGAAGGGUUUUUUUCUACGAAUUUUAACCGUUUUUUGUCCGUUUGGCGUUUCUUUUUUUUUCUGUUGUUGGGGGGCAAGGGGCUGGUGGGUGGGGGCAUUACCUGGGGUGCACAUCAUUGUAGGAUCGCCACUGCACACGCAUGCAUGUACACACACUCACACACACACACACACAUGCUUUUUUUCUUCCUAAUACGUUGUGCAUAUGAAGCUAUAUAGUAUGUUUAGAUUGAAUAAAUGCUUUGA